AUGAAUGGUUGUGACGAUUUUACUUUCCAAAAUCUUCAGUGUAGCGCAAUUUGUCUCGCAAAACUCGGCGAAGUGUCACUGGAGAAGGUUAAAAAGUCUUUACUGAACGAUAUUCAAAUUGCGGAAAAGGGUAUUUUAAAUCACAAUAUUCGAUCGAGAUUAUUGGCCGUUGGAAUUUAUUUGAUUUAUUCUGAUGGAAAGUAUAUCGAUGAACUUUUACCUUUUCUCGUGCAAAGUUUAUUAGUUCUACCAAAAAUGAAAUGGGUUGAUGAUGGAAUUCUCAAUCUACGUGACAAAAUCCCAAUUCAAGAGCAGUUUUCUUUUUGUUUCAAUACAGUUCUUUGUGAUAUAGCGGCGCAUUUUCCUGAUAGACGUGAUACAGUCAUUGCUGCUCAGCUUAAUUUACUAGUUUAUACAACUAGUGCUAUAAGCGAUAUAUGUCAAGAGGAAAAGCCUACAAUACAGGUUAAAGCAAAUUUAAUGAAAUUGAUUUGUUUUGUUAUUGGUCUUGUUCGUUGUUUUGGCCGAUUUAGUGAUGAUAAAUGUCAUCCAUUAAUAUCGAUGAUUUUCCCAAUACCAUUUAAAAUAAACGAAACAGAUAUGACCGAAUUAUGCGAUUCUACUUCCGUUAGAAGAUUAAACUCAUUGCAAUUGACAACAGAUUCGGGUAAUUGGUUUCUAUCUGAAUCAAAGAUGGGAAAUAAUGAUCAUAUGAAAUACCAAUAUAUGUAUUCCAAACUUGGCAGCAGUUUUGUAAUAUCAUCAGAUUUUCGAGAUUGGAAAUUAAAAAUAAAAUGUGGGGAACUAGAUGCAUUAUUUGAUACAAUCCAGGUUCUCCUUAGAUCAUCUAUGCUUGCAUCGAUGGACGUUCAUGCAACCGAUGUUUUCAUGUCAGGAUCAGUGAAACGAUUUCCUUAUAAAACCAUAUCGGAAUGCUUAUCUUUUGUUUGCUUAACAAUGCUUAGAGAUUCGGUUGCUGCUUAUGAUAUUUUGGAUCCUAAUCGUUCACUUAGAGAAAAAUUUGCUAAAGAAAUUAAAGUUUUCGUCACUGAAAUUUUAAAACGUAGCCAAGGGGAACUUUAUAGCCACAAAAAAAUUGAUGAUGAGAAAGCACAAGGUGGAAAAGAAUUUGUUGUCAACAAAACAAAAUUACUAGUUCUCGCUGGUUCAGCAUGUUUGCAACUAAUUGUUUGGGCAGCACUCGACGAAAUGGAUGCUGAAAUUUUGUCGCAUAUAAUAUCUGAGUCUUUAUGGAUGUCACGUGGAUAUCGAUAUAUAUUGGCUUCCCUACCUCUUCUGGUUAUGGCAUUAGAAGCUUUUGGUUCCAUGGCAGAAAAAUUUCCAAUGAUGGCUACAACCUCGACCAUACCCACUCUGACACGAUUUUUGCUGGAACCAUCGAAUAUUCUUGUCAAAUUGGCUGAUGAUCAAUUGAAUGCAGAAAAACGAUUUGCUAUAGUGGACGAUGAACAUGAUGAUUCAAAUCCAGUAAGAAGAAGGCAUGGACUUGAGAAUCUUAGAAGAGCUGCUAUUAAUUCUUUAUGUCGCAGCUCCAUUCUUGUUCCGGAAAAUGCGAUAUUAACCUUGGCUGGAAUAGGGACUGCUUUGGUUGAUGUAGAAAAUGUUCCACAGCUGGUGUUCAAUGUUUUUCGACAACGAACUAGCUAUCCAUCUCUUUCACUUGAUGCUCUUAUUAUAUCUUCAUUAGCAAAUUUAUGGAUUGCUGGUGCUCGAGAGAUUUAUGAUUCUAUUUGGCUACUUUUUACAAAAAUCACCAUCGAAUCAAGUAAUCGUGCUUAUUCUUCAGAUUCUGUAGACAGAAGUGAACAGAGAUAUGCACAUCUUUCGCUCGCUGUUGACACAGCUUUGGCAAAAAUGGCUGAAAAUACAACGGACGAAAAUGAUAAGCAGACUCUUCUUUUUAGACUUUUGGAACUUUUUGUGCAACUUGGACUAGAGAGUAAGAAAGUAGGAGAAAAAGUAACAAAAGCUGUUAUCAAGCUGUCAACUGGUGCAGGAAAUCUGGGUGUAUUGAUACCAAAGAUAGCUUCUUUAUUGCAUAGAAUGCAACCUAUAACUUGUCCAUCACCGAAAUUACGGAAUCUUUUCCGAGAUUUUUGGUUUCACUGUACCAUUUUAGGUUUUGAUGUUGCUUAUUCUGGUUUAUGGCCAGAGGAUUGGUAUGAAGCCGCUUGUGUCAUUGCUACUAAAUCUCCUGUAUUAACACCACAAGAAAGCUUGCGAGCCGAAUUGGUGGCGAAUGCAGCCAUCAAAAACGAUGCUGUCACUCUGAAUGAAUUACACGAAAUUCGAAAUACAGUAGUUGGAGAAAUUCAACCAUCAGUAGAUGUUGUGGCUUUUAUAAAUAAAAUGGAAUUUGCCCAUUGUAUAUAUUUACUAUCAGUAUUUCGUAUGGAAAAAAUGCGUGUAUGUCAUUCAACCGAACAAGAUGCUGUGCAUUCUAUUUUUAAAUAUUUGGAAGAUAGGUCAAUACGUAAGGAUAAAAGUGGUAUGUGGUCAUGUUUACUAGCAGCGACUACAGUGAUUUUCUCGGAAUAUCUAUCUGCUGCCAAAAACAUUCGCAUGAGCGGUUUGUUGGAACAGCAUCUUGAAUAUCAUGUGCAGUAUCUCUUAGUAAUGUUUAACCACACUCUAAAAGAGAUACGAAGAUGUGCUGAUGCAUGUUUGAGCAAAUUAAUCGGUCAUUUUCCUCAGCUUUUGUGGAAUGGUAAUGUUCUUAUUACAGCUUUACAACUUCUUGAAGCAUUGUCGCAUAAUCUUGAAACAGAUCCCGAUUGUAAAAUAACAAUAUUAAAUAUCCCAAAGUUGCAUUGGUCGAUUCGAUUACAGGAUUCAUUUGACCAAAGGAAAAUAGUAGUGCGUGAUUUUUCAAUGCGUUGUGAGCAAAUUCUUCAACAAGCUAUGAAAUGGGCUCCAGGAAGUACUCGAAGUCACCUUGUUCAACACAUUGCCAGUGCCUAUUGUGCUGGUAGUACCAGUUUGCAGUUAACGAUUGAAACGCUGCGAAAAGGUGUCGAUGGCGAAAUUGAUCCAGGUGCAUCACUUUAUUUGUCUUCCCUUCAUCUACGAUCUCUUUCUCUUGGACAGGUAAAUGGAAUGCUUUCACUGAAAAAAUCAAUUAACCCUGUGAAUGCUGAGGAGGAGUUGAUCGACGAAUUAGAAUUAACAUUGAAAUGUGCUUGCAAGGAGAAAGAUGAAGGAGCGAUAACAGAUGCCGUCAUGAAACUAUCUGCACUUUUUAUUAUUUUAACUGACACCAAUUUUCGUCUUUUGCAUGUUAUUGUAUUCAUACCUCUUCUAAGUUUUACUGCUACUACUAUGAGAUUAUGUGUGAUGUGCUGGAACUGGAUACUGGUAGUUCGGGAAAAUAUUCAUCUUUGCUUUUUACGCGAAAUGGCUAGUUGCUGGAACGCCGUACUACGGAAGAAUUUUGGCCUAUUCAAACCUGAAGGUACAGUAAUAUCACCUUUGAGCGUUCAUCAUGUUCAGCGAUCUAAGGCACCUAUGGUUGAUGUUCACAGUAUAUGGGUCGAUUUCUUAUGUGAACGAGUGGAUAUAGCAAAAUUUUCAAGCCGAGAACAACUUGAUAUUCUCGAAAUCAUGUUUAUACAGUCACUGCCACUCACUGUUGGUCGAACAUGUUUGCAUGUUAAUGACUCAUCUUCUGAAAUUUUCGGAUUGAGCAAUCUACUGGAUAAUGCAAUGAUCACACGAAACAUCCAAGCAGUAGGUGUGCGUUUUCGAUUAUUAAACUCAGCUCUAUCGAUGGUACAAGGAGACUCUUUUCCCGGCAGUUCUUCACAAAAUUUACUCCGUCAGCGUAUUUACGCUACUUGUUUGGAUUAUUUCACAAUUGCUCCACAAAUUCCCACGCAGGAGACUCUGCAGCUGAAGCAAGAUGUGAAACAAUUAAUUUUAUUCUGGAAUACUCUAUUUUCAGACGUAAAAUACAUCAAGAAGUCGGUCACUUCUGCAAUUGAUACAGAUUCACAGUUCGCUUCUUUAUAUCAGACGAUUACAGAUAAUUAUAAACCUAGUACCACUUAUAACACAGUAAACAAAGCUGAUGCUCAAACUUGGCAUGCUUUAACACAUGCGACUUCAAAUUGGGUGACGAUGGUUUCAUCACAAAAUAAGAUUGCCACUUUGCCUAAGGAUUUCUGGACGAAUGAAAGUAGGCCUCGUGAUCCAUCUAUUGAAGUGGACAGGCAAUUUAGAUUUUUUAACAAGCGGAGAAACCUUAUUUUGCUAUUUAUUGUGUGUUUUGAUGCCGAUGAGAUAGAAAGAUUAAGUGUUUGGCUAAAUCCUCUUGGUGAAGCAAUGGAAGAAGGUGAAGCAGUUAUCGAUCAGUGGAGGCGAACUACUUUCUCUGAUCCAAGAACUGAACAGAAGCGUAUGAAAGAGAAUAUCAAACUUGCUUGGGAAAUUUGUCCUGAUCUUGCAGUUCAUAUGCCUGCUAGAUUCCGUGCUUACGUUAAUUGCCAAAGUGAAGUGCACGAUUUGAUAAUUCGUUCACCAGAGGUUGUAAGCCAUAUCCCAGAAGCACUUCCUUUGUUAUUGGCUGAUGGGAUCAUUCUUGAAGAAAAGACAGAGGAUUUAAAGAGCCUUAAUCAUAUUUUAACAUGGGCAACAUGUUCACCUGUCGUUGCUUUAUCAUUAGUGAGUGCUCGACAAUAUCCCAUUCAUCCAAUAACUGUCCAAUAUGCUGUUCGUACACUUCGAUUAUAUCCCCCCGAUGUAUUGCUGCUUUAUAUACCGCAGCUUGUUCAAGCUAUUCGAUAUGAUGGAAUGGGAUAUGUAGCUGAACUUAUCAUUUGGCUUGCGGGUCAUUCACAGUUGUUAGCGCAUCAAUUGCUUUGGAAUAUGCAGGCCAAUUUAUAUCGCGAUGAAGAAUCGAAGGAAAAAGAUAUCAUUUCGCAAUUAGAAGGCGCUGCUCGUAGUUUCUUCGAAAAGGAAUUUGAUUUAUUUAAACGAAUUACCGAUAUUUCCGGUAAAAUUAAGCCAUAUCCAAAAGGUGAAGCUCGCAAGGCUGCUUGUCUGAAAGCAGUUGCUGACGUGCGACUCGAUUCAAUAACUUAUUUGCCUUCAAAUCCUGAAGCCAUUAUAUUGGACAUCGACCACAGUAGUGCUACGCCGAUGCAGAGUGCCGCAAAAGCACCGUUUUUGGUUCGUUUCAAGGUUCGUCAGUGUGGUGUUCAAGAAUUGGAGCGUAUAGGUCUUGCAGCAUAUCAAAAAGGGAACUCAAGGAACGAUUUUGAUCUCAGGACUUUAGCAAGGUCUGACGAUACAAAUGUUUGCUGGCAAGCUGCUAUAUUUAAGGUUGGUGAUGACGUUCGUCAAGAUAUGCUUGCACUUCAGCUGAUGCGACUUAUGAAAAAUAUUUUUGAUGCAAUUGGUUUAGAUGUUCGUCUAUUCCCUUAUAGAGUUGUUGCUACUUCUCCUGGUUGCGGGAUCAUUGAAUGCGUACCCAAUUCUAAAUCUCGCGAUCAGCUCGGGCGACAAACAGAUUUUGGAUUGUAUGAGUACUUCCUAACGAAAUAUGGUGAUGAAAGUACUGAAACAUUGCAAAGUGCUAGGCGUAAUUUUGUUCGAAGCAUGGCAGCAUAUAGUGUUUUUAGUUUUCUACUACAGAUCAAGGAUAGGCACAACGGAAACAUUAUGAUUGAUACCAAAGGGCAUAUUGUACAUAUUGAUUUUGGCUUUAUGUUUGAAAGUAGCCCUGGAGGUAAUCUCGGAUUUGAACCAGAUUUUAAACUCUCUCAAGAAAUGGUCGGUAUUAUGGGAGGGAAAAUGGAAGCACCACCUUUUCGCUUAUUUGCUUCACUUUGUGUUCAAGCCUAUCUCGCCAUCAGGCCGUACCAAAAGGAAUUUAUUGCAUUGGUAUCUUUGAUGUUGGAUACACGGCUGCCUUGUUUUCGUGGAAAAACAAUUCAACAAUUUCGGGAGCGUUUUGCACCAACAGCAUCAGAUCGUGAAGCAGCUAAAUAUAUGAUGCAGAUCAUUCGUAGUUGUUUUCUUAAUGUUCGUAGCAAAAUGUACGACCAAUUACAAUAUAUACAGAACGAAAUUCCUUACUAA